AUGUUCCAGAGCAGCAUCAAGGAGGAUUGGCAUCGAACGGGGGAUCCAGCACCAGCCGGCAGGAACAGGAGGGAGCAGGGGCAGGAGGCGAGGGAGGAGACGAGUGCAGUGGGCUGCAGGGGCGGCACGGCAACGCCCUUUUCUGGAGCACUGGCCCUCGAGCUAGCCUCUUCAAGCAGGACAGCCGAGCAGAUCGGGCGACCUCGGCUUGAAACAAAAGUCUUUCUGAGCAUAUUCCUAGGUCUCUUACGGUUGACGAUUCUUCCAUGGGUCCAACUUUUGCAGCCACGCCUCAGGGGCACCACCUCGGCUCAUGGAUGA